AUGGCCCACCUACCCUCUUCAGUAAGGUCAGGCUUCAGCACAUUUGGGAAGCAGGAUGCUCCUUCAGCAGAACAACUACUGCGGGAUCUGGAACAGCCUCACAGUCGUGUCGCCGAGAACCUCGAUCCUGCCAAAGUCGAUGCGAUAGAGAAGAGCACCGAAUUCUUCAAAAGGAUUGUCUGUCCGUCGAAGGCCCUCAGUCGACGUAGAACGCUCUUUGCAUGGACGUUCGGUAGUUGUGCUGUUUCAGCCAAGUCAGUUGGUCUGAAUAAGUCUGGGGCCACAUCGACCGUUUUUCGCGACGUCUCCGCUCAUAUCGACAACAUUCUCCAAGAUGCUUCUGUGGUGGAGCCAACGAGUAACACAGUGGUUCGAUAUCUCGAGAAAUUAGAGGAAAUUCCAAACCAUCGAUUCCGUACGGAACAACUUCAGCAUUUCAACGGAUCCCGCAUUGACUGGACUCUGAUCAGCAUGGCCGCAGAUGCAUCCUUUGCAGCUUACAAAGAUUACAAUCAUGCAGAAAACACGCUCUUAUCGAGGAUUGCGCGCGACAGAAAGUUUAUGACCCUCUCUGUAAUAGAUCUCGACCAGACUCGCGCGCUUGUAGUAUCCAUUCGCGGGACUGUAACGAAAGACGACUGGAUGCUGAAUUUCAACAACAAACCAAAGCAUGCACCUAGGCUGUUGAACGGACAGCUGAAAUGGCAUGAAGGGUUCCUGACCGUAGCGGAGGCGAUGGAACCCCAUCUGACAAAACAAAUCAAGGAGCUUCUAAAGCACGAGGGACCUAUUGACAGCGUCCUCUUCAGUGGACAUUCUGCUGGUGGAGCAGUUGCCCAGAUUUUCUAUGCGAUGAGCAUGUCCCGUCUGUAUGAUCUAGCUGGUGUGGUCACUGGGUUCAAGCAAGUCCAUUGCAUCACCUUUGGCACACCUCCUGUGGCAUCAGUGGUAUUACACGAACAACAGCUCGGCCAAUGCCCCAAACCAGGCAGGUUUUGGAGCGUUAUCAACGAAGGCGACCCGGUUCCACAAGCGCAGGAGGAAUUCAUGAAAAGGCUGAUCGAGGUGUACGUUCUGGAACUCAGCGAUCUGAGGACGAGGUAUCCUGAAGAGGUUCCAGUCCCAGCUGGACAUUUCCGCGCAAGUGGUCACACCAUAGUACUGAAGAUUGAAGAUCCUGAUGAUGAGAGUGAGGAGGACGUCGAAAUUAGAGCCUAUAUGACUUCGUCGAGGACUCUUGAGACAAUGCUGUUCGGGAACGCCUUCGAGCACAGUUGUGAGCUGUACAAAUAUCGAGUCAUGCAGUUGGCUCGCUCUGCCUCUGUAGAACAUAUUUCCGAGGAUGAUAAGAGCGAGGAGAUUGUGAUUGAAGUGGGGCCAUUUACUGAGUAG